CGUAUGAUGACGUGGACUACGCUGUUAUGCUAAAGCUUCUGGUACAAGCUCGCCACAGAUACCUCGUCAACGUUAGCUAUAAUUUAUAGCGUAUUUGGUCAGAAUUAGUUGUGUUGAACGUUAAACCACCUGACAACUUCACUGGGUCAAGAUGAGGCGCACCGGUUUGGGCGAAGGAGGCCCUGGCAACUAUGUGGCAAGUGGAUACAGUGUGUAUGAAGAGGAAAAUGAACACCUACAGGAGGGUCUGAGAGCGAAAGUCAACGCUUUGAAACACCUGUCUAUAGACAUCGGAACGGAAGUCAAAUAUCAGAAUACAAUGCUGGACGAUAUGGACACAGACUUUGACUCGACUGGCGGCCUGCUUGGUGCUACUAUCGGCAGAGUGAAGCAGCUGUCCAGAGGCAGUCAGACCAAACUGCUGUGCUACAUGCUGCUCUUCUGCCUUUUUGUCUUCUUUAUCCUGUACUGGUUCAUCAAGCUGAGGUGAUAGGCGGGCCCAGUUGGACUUGGCCUCCUAACUCCCCUUCAUCCCCAGCAGUUUGCCUCUCAGAUGAGUCUCAAAACUAGACCCACAUAAUGUUGUUGGGGAGAGGCAGGGAUUCUUUCUAUUUUUUUUUUUUAAGUGUCUCAGCUGUACGUGUGCCCACAUCUGAGUAUUUCAUGAAUAAAAUCCCCAAAAUGUAGUUAUGAAAGAACUCCUACUGAUGCUAUGUGACAGACAAGUAAAAUGGGUCUGAUGAUAAAUGAUCAGGUGAAGUAGGAUUUGUGUACCAUAUAUGUAUUGCUGAAGCAGACACAGACAGUAUGACUGCUUUAUCAGCCCAAUUUACCUGGAUGAGACAUAACAAUAAAUGUGUAACAACUGUAAAAGAUACUGGCAAAAUCCUUAAUGCAGUCGGGGGCACAUUAAGAGAGACGUGAUAAGUGAGGAAUUGGCAAAUCUGUCGAUGCAACGUUGUGUUAAGUUAUAAAAUGCUAAUUGAAGCAAAUCUAGUGUUUUUUGCUUUUAAGAAUGAAUGAAUGCGUUACAGCAGUUGGCAUCCUUUCAAAAAUGAAUGACGGUGUUCUUUGUUUUAUUUUGGUUGUACAUUUGUUUUGUAAAUAAACACAUUUUAUGCUCUGAA